AUGUCUCGCGCGUUUGAGGCUCCAGCGGAAUGUCGUACAGAUCCACGAGCCCGCCCGUCUGCCGUGAUUGCAGUUCAAAUUGGCCCGCGCGUAGCCCGUCGCCCAGGCCCGCGCCUAGCCCGUCGCCCAGGCCCGCGCGUAGCCCGUCGCCCAGGCCCGCGCGUAGCCCGUCGCCCAGGCCCGCGCCUAGCCCGUCGCCCAGGCCCGCGCCUAGCCCGUCGCCCAGGCCCGCGCGUAGCCCGUCGCCCAGGCCCGCGCCUAGCCCGUACGCCCUGGCCCCCCGCCCAUCCCCACCGUCAAAACCGCCCACCCGCCCUUUCCCACCGUCCAAACCGCCCUCCCGCCCAUUCCCACCGUCGAAACCGCCCUCCCCGCCCAUUCCCACCGUCAAAACCGCCCUCCCGCCCAUUCCCACCGUCAAAACCGCCCUCCCCUCCCCUCUCUCACUGUUCAUCACCUUAG